UACAAGGCGAGCUCGUAGACCAUUGAGCCACUGGGACCCGAUCCAAUGGUUCUUGAAUUCUAACUUCUGCCAGUUCACGACAUAGCGGGACCACUUCUCUAAAAAGACUUAUUGACUGACUAAAUUCCAUUAUAAAACUUGGCAUAGAAGUCCAGCAGUUCAGGUUUCCAUACUCCAUGCGUCGGUGGAACAGUGGUUAGGACUCUUGGCGACCAUGCACAUCUUCCGGGAUUCGAUCCCCUACCGACACACACCUGAUAUCUGUAGUCGGCCUGCAAAAUUUAGGCUACUGAUAUCACAUGCUGAAAAUUCCAUACCUGUACCAAAAAAGUACGGUGUGGAAUCAAGCGGAAAUCAAAUCAAAUCAAACUCACAGGUAGAGGAAAGAGAGAGAAAAGAAAUUCAGAGGGACUAUAACAAACAGGAGCAUGAGGGAAAGAACAGUAACACUGGAUAUGCAUCAGGAUUUAAUGGCUUUCGAGCCAUAUCACCAACAGUCUGCAACCAUUGGUUCUUAGCAUUCUACGAACCCUAUCCAAAUAGUUUACACCUCACCUGGCUGGCUCAAACCAACAGUCAGUGACUCCAUGAAUCAAUACCAGAUUUUGGCUUGACUAAUCCUAACCCUUUUCCAACCCAACCAUAUACCAACGAACGUUGCCCAUCGAGGAAAGGGCUAGCCCGUCAUGUGAAACACGUGGCCUAGCCGUCUCAACCGAUUCACCUUCACAACCUUAUCGAUUGACUUACUUUCCUUAACUAACACUCCACGCCUAACUUCAAUAUUGCUCAAUAUAUUAUACUUCACAUGGGAGACACAAUGCAAACAACUGUGAGCACAGGCAGC